CGACUUCCUGGACUCUGUCCGUCCUCUUCUAGACCCCACCGCUAAGCCAGCCCAGCGCCUGGCUUCUCUGCUUUUCUCCUCUUCACAACCCAGCGUCCUCUCAAUCCAUCUUGAGCCUUUCCAUUUGCUCCUACCUCACAUUCUUACUUGGUUUUGCUACUAUCGUGGUCGCAUCUCUCCCCCCUUCUUCCCCUUCUCUUAGUCUCAUCUUGUCGUCGCCGACAUCCCUCCUCCCUCCCCGAACACACAAGAUGUCUGCGCGACCCGCACGAUCGAAUCAACCCCCGCCGUCCGCAUCCAACCGACAAAACGAAUACUUCGUGCCUCGGGAUGGCAUCGACCGUGAAGUCAUCACGGCCGACGUUUGCCGCUACCUUGGCAACGAUGCACUUGUCCGGCCUGGAGUCUACGAGAGCCCACAAACGGGUCAGGUAGUGCAAGGCUACUAUAUCACAGCUUACCGAAACUUGACAUCUGCCAUGAUAGAAGAUCUGAAAGCAGAUUCUGCACGAUGGGAUCAAGAAAGGCGGCAACAAACGUCGCGCGGUCCAGUCGGAGUCCAGUACCGUAACUCGGACACACAUCAGUCCCGCCAGUACUACGGACCUACAGAAGGCGCAGCCUCGGGACAGUACCAGGAUAAUUCUCGUGAUUAUGACUCCACUCCAAGGUAUCCUGGCACUGGAACAGCUGGGUAUAACGGAGCUUCUCAGGGAUACCAGGCUCAAGCCUAUGGUGGAAACCAGGGUGGGUAUGGCCAACAGGGCUACACUACUGCCCAGUCGCAACAGUUUUCCGCUGGUCCCAUGGACGUGUCAUAUUCUGGAGGCGGUUCCAUCCCACAGCCCGGAUUUAGUCAGCCGGCCGAUGGACGGCCAUACCAACAGAUGGGUACCAACAUGGCAAUCGCCAGAGGUGGCGACACUGCCAUGUCUGGGACAUACGACUCAUAUGCCUCGGGUCCAUCUGGCAAUGCGCAAGGGUUUCCCCCUUCAAGUGCCGCUGGCGGCUUCUACCAACAGACACAGGCUGCCGCUGGGCAAUUUAUUCCCACAGACUCGAGGGAUCCAUUCUAUGGACGCGGUAAGUAUACCAACAUCUCAACUAGGUCGGCACUUUCUGAUUUUUUAGCUUCGCCCGCAGGCAACCCAGCUUAUGGAGCAACACACGAUUCCCAGUAUGAGACCGCUCCUGUUCCUCGUACCUCUGCGCCUCCUUCAAGUGCUCAGAUGGCACCUAGUGCAACCCCGCGCCAUGCAAACCGGGACAGUGUGGAACGUGGCGACCGCCACAGGGACAGGCACAGCCAUCGCAGGCCGUAAAACCGCCUGGUUUAUGCCAAUUCCCGGAUGCGAGACUUCCCGUCUUGCUCGUGAACUGAAAUGCCUGUUCAUUAUUGCCCACGGAUUUGGAGCCUUCUAGUACCAUAUGAUCUUGUCCUGGAUCACACCUCACCAUCUGGAUAUACCUGCAUGUGAGACUCAGAUGAGUCUCCAGGAGUUGCAAGUUUGCAUUCUUCAUGAUUUUACGGGAUUAUGGCCUCCCCAGGAUAAUUUUCACCCAUCGCUCUUGGAU